CACUGCCUGGCCUUCUUCGGCCUCUUGAUCCUGAUCUCCAGCCUCCUGCUCUCAACAGUUGGUCUGAACGAGAAGUCUGGGAGCAAAACUUAUGGUGACCUAAAACUUACGAGUUUUCGGCCCGAUCAGACAACAACCUUUCUACCACACAUCUUCGCAGUUGGCUCAAAGAGCUUGAGGUGGCAGACAUCCCCCGGCCCCAAGAGUACAACCGGACAUACGCAUCUGCCGGCAUCACAGCACUCUAACGACCUAAAAGAUUCUGCAGAGUCAGAGCAGUCGAGCCCCAUGAUGGAGGCGAAAGUACUGAAAGAUGAGGCUGGAAAUAGGCAUUCUCCAGCCGAAGCAAAUUGGAAAACGGCCAAAAAGGAGAGCCAGAGAAAAGCUCAUCAGGAGGACAAUAGUCGGCUAAAUAAAAUGGCGAAAAGACAAGUCGAGGCGACUGGAGGUGUGUUGAGUGUGAGCGGAGACGAGCAGGACUGUAUGGAAAGCAAAAAUGAUAAGGUGUCAAAAGUACAUCACACCCAAAUAGGGGUGAAACUCGGAGAAGACGGGGCGAUCAGCCACGCGGUUUCACUUCGUACGGCUCGCUACGUCGACCUCGAAGGGCCUCAGGUCCACCAAGAUGGCCGCGCCUCUGAGGGUUUCUGGCUUUCACAAGACGCAAAGUCCGAGUUCGAGUCCGGAUGGGGCGAGAAAUCUCUCAUCAAAGACCUGUUGGCCGACUACGACCGGCGCUCGCGGCCCGUCGUCGACGGACUGACGCCGCGUGUACAGGUGAAUAGGAAUGAGACGGCGGAACAGCUAACGGUGGAGUUCGGCCUCGGCCUGAUUCAGAUACUUGAGCUCAACGAAAUGGAUCAGGUGCUCACCACCAGUGUUCGCUCCCUUUACGUAAGCCAUUGUGUCGUUUCUAAAGUUUGUGUAUGCUUGUGUAAUUUGAUGUUUCAUUACGAAUAA